AUUAAUUAAAAAUAUAUAUCACAGAUAUAUCACAGAUAUAUUAUAAUAAUUAAGUCAAAGAUUAGUCAUGUGUAUAUGUGAUUAGUCAUGUCAUAAGCAAUCAUGAGUCAUUCACUGUGGUCAUUCCUGUGGGUCAUUCAUAAGUCAUUGACAUAGGUCAUUUAUGUUUUUUUAAAGAUUAUUUUCUAUUUUCUUUGAAAUCUUCUUGUUAUGGAAACUGAAACAGGUUUAUGUGAUUAGAGAUUAUACUUGAUGAGUAUGAUAAGCAUACGAUUUAAAGGUACACCGCCUUGCCAUGGAAUUGGUAUGUAAACUUCAAACGUACGAUUGGGGCAAAAAAGGCCUAAGUAGUAAAGUAGCUCAAUUAAAAAAGAAUUCAGAUGAAGGAUUCCAAGUAGAUGAAAAUCUUAGCUAUGCUGAAUUAUGGAUGGGAACUCAUGUUAACGCUCCAUCUGUAAUCAAAGGUUCAAAUGUAAAUUUGUCAGAUUUUAUUUCAUCUCAUCCGGAAGUCCUCGGAGAAGAAGUACUGAAGAUAUUUAAGGAACUACCGUUUUUGUUUAAAGUACUCUCUGUGGAUAAAGCUCUUUCAAUUCAAGCACAUCCAUCAAAAGAACAUGCAGUUGAAUUGCAUUCAAAAUUUCCCGAUAUUUAUAAGGAUCCUAAUCACAAACCUGAGAUGGCUAUAGCUCUGACAACGUUUGAAGCACUGUGUGGUUUCAGGCCAUUACAAGAAAUUAAAAAUUUCAUACAAAAUAUACCUGAAUUACAAGGCAUAAUUGGUAGUGAAUUACUAAAGAAUGAUUGUGGACUAAUACAAAAAGCUUUUAGAACUGUUCUGACUUGUUCUAAAGACAAAAUUAGAAGUAUCAUUGAUAGUUUACUGAUUCGAGUCAAAAACUAUGAUGAAAAUCAAAAAAUAACCUACAUGGUUUCACUAGUGGAAAGAUUACACUCACAGUUUCCGUAUGACAAUGGUAUUUUGAUGGUCUACUUUUUGAAUUACUUAAAAUUAAAUCCGUCAGAAGCAAUUUUUUUAGGUGCUAAUGUGCCUCAUGCUUAUAUAUCUGGAGACUGUGUUGAAUGCAUGGCAUGCUCUGAUAACGUUGUAAGGGCAGGAUUAACGCCAAAAUUUGUCGACGUGGAAACUCUUUGUGAUAUGUUAAUUUAUAAAGGCGAACCAGAGGAAAACAAAUUAUUCACGCCAACACGCGAAAGUGAAUUUUCUGUCAUUUUUACGCCUCCCGUACCUGAUUUUGCCGUAGUUCAAAUAGAAGUACCUGAAAGUCGGAGUUUAUUUCAGACAUCACCAAGGCUUAGUGCUAGUAUUCUACUGGUUAUUUCUGGACAAGCACAGUACGAGAAUGGCCAAGUGGUACCUGGAACGGUCCUGUUUCUGGCUGCCAACGCAACUGUCACUUUUACAAAAAUAUGUGGCGAUUUGCUUAUAUAUCAGUCUCUGGCAAAUGUUUAGUGUUUAUCUUUGAGAUUUUAUAAUUUGAAUUUUUAAUGUGAUUUUAAAUAAAGGUUAUAGCAGUUUUUAUUAAUUAUAA